AUGUUGAUCAUGAAGAAGGGCAGCGGCGAUAUUCUCGCCAGCAUCACCGCCGCGGUCGAUGACACAGAAAAGAACGUCAAGAAGCUCAGAUCCGUGUGGGAAGGCUACUUUCGCAACCAAGAACGUCUGCGCAAGAAGACACUCAAGCUCGCAUCGUUCUUCCGCAACUUUGGCGAUGCUGAGGGAGGAUCGACACGCGAGCUUGUCCACAUCAUCUCGGACACGUUGCUUCAGUGUUCCGAGCUGAAGUUGUCCUCGGCCAAGGUGUUUGACCCGCUGGGUGUUCUGCCGGACAUCACCCGCCGCGUCAAAGUCGACGUCAAGAACUGGGAGAGCUACUCGAAGGUGGAAAGAAAGUUGCAGUUGCAGCUGCAGGCGGCUGUAUUGAAAGAUCCCACCGCCGAAACUGUGGGUGCCCUGAAGAAGAACGCCGACAAUGCCUCGCUCGCGGUCGCGAACGGAACCAAGAACGUGACGACCACGGCAUCAGACUAUCAGCGGGAAAAGUACAAUUCAAUCAAGACGGCCUGUCUGCAGUUUCUAUGGAACGAAAUGACAACAUGUGCGCGGCGCCUGGAACUUGUCUCGGCCGGAUACGAGCAGAUUCACCGCACAACUGGCGAGUUUCAGGACAUCUCUGGGACCUUGAAGAAGGUGCUGAAUGCAUACCGCGGGGCAACAAUAGGCAGCAUCGACUCGCCGACCUACACCACCAGGUCGGAGGCGUCGUCUCCGGCGCUGCGGAGUGCCACAUCCAUGUUGCUCGCCAGGGCUCCGUCCAAAGGUCCAGAGAUCGAGAUGAUUGACCGUGUGCCUCCUUGA